GUUACUUUUGCUUUACAUUUGGCUCAUUAUUUGUUGAACUGUACGAAAUUACGUAAGAACAACGUUUUCAUCAUUUUUUAUUGAUGAUCAUUGUUGUUUUAAUGUUUUGAUGUAAUUGAGUGGCUGCUAAGAUUAUAUAUAAAUACCUUUUGUUAUUGAUUUUUAUCAAUUGUAGUCUGUUUGUUUUUAUAUUUAAAAUUAUUUUGUCCCUCCGAAAAAAUGCCUAAAACUUGGUCUGAAUUGGUAAGUCAAAAUUCGAUCGAACAAGAUCAACAAUCAUCAACAUCGAUUGAAACAUUACCAUCACCACAUCAGCAACAACAACAACAAUCAAUUUCAUUCAAUGAUAUCAUGUCCGAACAAUUGGCACUAGAUUUGAGUGCCCAUCAAAGUUUUUCCGACGAUGAAUCUGUUGUUAAUCAAAUCCUAUCCGAAGACAGAAGCCCAUCGAAUAAAGAUGCCAAAGAAUUUGAUUGUUCAAAUGAUGAAAUGUUGGCCAAAUUAUUACAACAUGAACUUGAUCUUGAACAUGAUCGAAUGUUAAAAUUGGAAGAAAAACAAUACAAUGCCAAUUCUAAAGUACAAUUAUCAUUUGAAAAAUUACGCCGUAUACGCGAUGAAGAUCUUGGCGAUUCUGAUCUGGAUGAUGAAAUUCAUCAUGAAUAUGGUGAAGAAUCGAAACAUUGGGAUUUUUUCGAACAAAAAGAAAAACAAGCACCAAAAAUUGGUAAACAAGGUUAUGUUGUGGCAAAAAACGGUGAAGUAACCACUAAACAUGAUAUUGAAUUGAACAAAUGUCGUAAUGCCUGUAAGGUAAUGGAAUUUGAAAGCGAUAUACGAACUGGUGAUGGUGGUGGAUUUCCAAUGAAACUAUCAAAUAAUGUAUACAAUGCAUUAAAAGUUCAUAGUAUUAGUGAAGGAAAACGUAUGGCUCGAUUGCAUGAGAAAAAAGAAAAAUCAUCAGCAGAAAAAGCUGUUGAUGCUAAAAGCAGAAUUUUAUUAUUUAAAUUGAUCAAUGCUGGCACUUUGGAAACGAUGAAUGGUAUUAUUGCUACCGGUAAAGAAUCGGUAGUUAUUCAUGCUAUUGGACAAAAUAUUGAAAAAGGUAUUCCAUUGGGUGAGGUUGCUGUUAAGGUUUUCAAAACAACAAUCACCGAAUUUCGUGAUCGUAUCCAAUAUAUUAUUGGUGAUCCUAUUCUUGAACAAACCGGGAAACUAUCCAAACAAAAUCCAAAAUUAACAAUACCUUUGUGGGCAGAAAAAGAGAUGCACAAUUUGAAUCGAUUACGUAAAUUUGGAAUUCCCUGUCCAGAAGUUGUACACUUGAAAAAACAUAUCCUAAUCAUGACGUUUAUUGGUCGUGAAGGUCGUCCUGCACCAACAAUUAAAAACCUAUUAUUUUCCGAAGAAUUAUUCAUUAGAAUUUGGACUGAAAUCGAAAAAAUGAUGAUAAAAAUGUACAAAGAAUGUGAUAUGAUUCAUGCCGAUCUAAGUGAAUACAAUCUAUUAUGGCAUGAGAAUAAAUUAUGGUGUAUCGAUGUAUCGCAAGCAGUUAGAACUACACAUCCAAUGGCAUUCAGAUUUUUAUGGAGAGAUUGUGUCAACAUUUGUAAGUUUUUUUCGAAAAAAUUAUGUGACUUUAAAUCACCUCGUAAACUAUUUGAAACGAUUACCGGUAAAAAUAUGAACGAAUUGGAUAAUGAUUCCGUUGUCAUUGAAUUAUUUGACAAGAUGGAGAACUAUGAGAAAAGUCGUAGAAAUAAUAACACUGAUCGAUUCGAAACGAAACAACGAUGUGAACCGGAUAUGUUUGAUGAAUUGUUUGAACAAGCAUUACAACAAAAUCGUGCCGAAGGUGUUGUGAAAGCAUAGAUAUUUUUGGCAAAGAAUUUAUUAUGAGUUGUUUUAAAUGUGUGCAAUUAUUGGAAUUUGUAAUUUUUUGCAUGAUGUUAUUACAAUG